UGCCCGCCGGCUUGUGAGAAGCCGGUAGCAUCGCGGGGCAGCCCGGCGUCCUCAUGGUGCUGUGUCAGGGCGGCGAGGCCGCCGCUCUCCCGGCAGCGGGCGGGAAGGAGCCGGAGGUGCCGCUGAGCCGGGAGGACGGUGCGGCUACGGGGCAGCCUCGCCUGUGCCCGGCGCCCGGCGUGGAGGCGGCGGGCGCCGAAGAGCGCCGCGUUUGUGGCUGCUGCUCGGGUUUGUCCUGGCCGCGCUGCUGCAAGGCACCCGGAACAAAGAAGAAAGCUGCCUGUCCAGGACUUGGUCUGUUUUAUACCGUACUGUCUGCCUUCCUUUUCUCAGUGGCCUCUUUAUUUCUUAAAAAAAUAGAAGAUGUACAUUCAGUGGAAGUGAGUGCAUUUCGAUGUGUUUUCCAAAUGGCAUUUGUUCUUCCUGGUUUAAUAUACUACAAAACAGGGUUUUUGGGACCAAAAGGUAAAAGAAUUUUUCUUUUCUUCCGAGGAUUCCUUGGCUCUAGCGCAAUGAUUCUCCUCUACUAUGCUUUCCAAGUCAUGCCACUAGCUGAUGCCACCGUUAUAACUUUUAGCAGUCCUGUUUUUACAUCAUUGCUUGCGUGGAUCUUUCUCAAAGAGAAGUACAGUGUUUGGGAUCUUCUGUUUACCCUCUUCGCAAUUACUGGAGUGGUUCUUAUUGCCAGACCACCAUUUCUGUUUGGGUCAGACGUUUCGGGGAUUGAAGGAAGUUACACAGAUCACCUUAAAGGAACUAUAGCAGCAAUUACAAGCACGGUAUCUGCAGCUUCGACUUUUGUUAUACUAAGGAAGGUGGGAAAAUCUGUGCAUUAUUUUUUGUCAAUUUGGUAUUACGCAGUCAUCGGUUUAAUUGGAUGUGUUAUAGCAUUGUUUGUUAUGAAUGAAUGGCGUUUACCUUACUGUGGUAAAGACAGGGUUCUUCUCAUAUUAAUAGGCUUGUUAGGUUUAGGGGGUCAGAUAUUUCUCACAAAAGCACUACAGAUAGAGAAAGCAGGACCUGUAGCCAUAAUGAAAACAAUGGAUGUGGUGUUUGCUUUUAUUUUACAAAUUCUUUUUCUCAAUCAUCUACCAACUUGGUGGACUGUGGGUGGUGCCCUUUGUGUAGUAGCUAGUAGUUCUGGAACUGCCAUUCGUAAGUGGCGACAAAGCUUGAAAAAAGCUAAACAAAAUGAAAUCUAACAAUAAGAUACUAAUUCAUUACAGAAACAAGCAAUCUUGAAAUAUAUAGACAAUAUUUAUUUUUAUUUAUUUUAAAUAUCUCAUUUACCAAAUUGUAGUAUCAAGUUAUAUCCAAUGAAAUAAGUUGAUUUUUUAAAAAAAAAAAAAACAAACAAAAUUGAAGAUGUUUGAACAACUGAUUAGGUAUAUGCUUCUCUUCCUCAUAUUUAGGCAUGCAAAAAUGAAAAGUAGAAAGAUAUUUAGAAGUUGCUUGCUUCCUAUCAAAAGUGGACAAUAGUGUUUUGCCUUCUAUUUUCCUAAAAUUCCUGAUUCCCCACCACUUAGGCUCUUUCUCUAUACUUCUGAGCAGUGGAAAUCAGUUUCCCAGGCUUAUUUAACACUGUUCUGUGCUUGAUUACCAGAGGGAUCACAGUACAAAAGUUAGAAAGGAAUGAGGAGUUAUAAUCCUAUAAACAUCAAACUUUUAUAGAACAGAUAAAGCUUGCACACUUACAAGCUUUCUUUUUUUGUUGUUGUUGCACAAAACAGAUGCCAAAUGGGGAUUUAUUUUUAAUUUGGAUUGUAAAAGAACAAAGGCUAUUUCAUCUUUCCAAGUAAUAUCAAGAGAAAAUUAACUUGUGAAAAUUAUCGGCUUUGCUUUCUUUCAAUAAGAAUUUGAAAUGUUUGCACUUGCUUCACAGACAUAAUGAAACAACCUAAUCCCUUUUUUAAAAAAUGUGAUUUUCCCAAUAAACAUGUCUUUAGUUGCUGCAGUCUCGGUGAUGAGAGACAAUAGUUAAUUGUAUACCACUCGUAAAUUAGCCAUUUCUUGUGGUAUGGAAUGUUAUGCUGUAGAUGCACUUUUCUUUAUUCUAUGCAAAAGAGUAUAUUUUUUAGGUAUUUAAUAUAGGUUAUUUUAAAUGCUGCUUAUGACCCUUUUGUUUAGAUUCUUUUGUACAAAAGUUCUUUAUGAGACCAAGUUUAAGUCGUCUUGGCCUUCAUAACGUUAGGAGGAUUUACAAUAAAGCAUUUGCUUAUUUCCUAAUAAUUUACGAGAGUGCAAAGUAAUUGCAGUGUCACUGAAAAUGAAGAUUGGCCAAGGUCAUAGCAGAGAUUCUACAGAACAGGUUUGAGGAGAGCUUGGUGGGAGGGUGGAGCUGUGUGUACACAUCUCAUGGUGCGGAGGCACCCUCGCUGCAUCAGGCAGUGCUAGUGGGCAGCUUCAGGCCCGUUUCUCCAGGUGGCCCUUUUAAAUCUGCACUUAGUCACUUCUCUUACACAUCAUCUCACUUUUAUAGGCUUUAUCUUGAUAGCAGCAAAUACUAAGAAAAAAGGCUUGUGUUACUGAGCUUAGUGUCCUUCAUGUUUGAGGAGGAGUAUAUGAUCAGUUAAUAUAGGUUAGUCUUAUGUACUUUUGGGUCUUGUCUCAGUAGUGCUUAGAGAAAACUUUAACUUGGAUCUUUAUUUGGUCCUAUCUGUCAUGAGGUGGUUUUCAGUUAUUUACUCACUCCAGUGUUUUUCUAAAGGAGAAUGCUGUGUUCUGUAGACUUAAUACAUGUUUUUUUUCAAAGUCACUAAAGGUAGCAGAUGUUUUCUAAUUUUGAUUUACAGAUGUCUAGUCACAUAGUUUUUCUUUUGCCAAUAAGCAUUGCAUCCUGGCAGGGCAGUUCUAGGGACUUGAGUCCCAAAGGACUGGGAUGUGUAUAGUACCUUGGGAUGCAUCUGGAUGUGAAGAGCCAUCUUCGUACAAGAUUCUGUACGUAAACCAGCACCCUGAAUCUGUAUAUGUUUAUGGACAUGAGCGAAUUCCACUUGAGUGAUAGAACCAGUUCCUGCUUAUAGCUGUCUAUUCUCUGCUUCUCCCAAAGGCUGAAGUUCAGCUACUGCUGACAAGGUUAGGACUAGUAUGAAACCACUUUCACAUAUCUUUAAAGCCUGAUGUAAUAGUACAAUUCCAGUUUGGCACCCAUUUCGCUUAAUACUUGAAAUUGUGAACUGAGAUUGUUUCUUCUGCUGCUCAGUCAUCGCUGCUAUUGAGCAACAGCUUUCAGGGGAGGGAAGGAAAACAGACUGCACUUUUUACUGCUUCACUUCAUGUUUAAUAUGCAUGUGUUUGAAUUGACACUUAGAAAGGUGCUGUUCCAAAGCAGUUCAUAUUGAUAUAAACUUGGGUCGUCAGCUAGUCCUGCUCCCUCCUGUUGGCUCAGUGCUCGUGCUUAUGUAGUUAUGUGGUGAGCUGGCCCUGGGAGCUGAUCCAGCUACGUAACGUUUUAGUAAGGUUGUUGGAGAGGGCAAAACCAGAGUAGGCUAAACUUGAUGACAGUGUGAAAACAUUGGGAAGGGGAGUUAGGUAAUAGCUUAAAUUACAGCAUAUGAAUGCUGCUUUGUUAGUAUGGAAAGCUUACAUGGAAGCUUAUAUUGAAAAAUCUUUAGGUCAUAUGAUUUUGAUGAAACUUGUUUACACUUAGUAGAAAAGAACAGACUACUGAAGAAAGGACUGUUUUCUUGGCCUUAAGUAAGUGUAGAAAAUAGGCUGUCCUGAAAUCAACAACCUGGUAUAGUGAUUGGUAAUUUUUCUCUCAAGUUCUUGCAGAAACUCUUUUGAUAUGUUUCCAUACCUGUAGUGCCAAAAACCCCAGAUGAUUAUUUUUUCUAUAGGUCCAAACCUAUAGGGUUUCCUUAUGGCUCCAUCUACUUAUUUCCUUUUGCUGUUCCUAAGCCUCCCUAAAUAUUUAAAUUGUUAAAAUAAUAGUCUAAACAAGAUCCUAUGUUGGAGAACAUUGUCUUUUUUGGAACAUUAUUUUGAUCCAUCUUUUAGAGAAUUGUGUACUGGUGUAAGAACAAAGGACUUGAUUAGGGCUUCUCUAGUCAUAAAACAUGACAAGGUAGCUUCUAUAACUAGCUUUUCUAGGUGGUUUUGGAAAUGGAAGACAUUUAAGGUUUAAGUUCUUUCAAUCACAUUGUUUUUAGUUUUUCUUCUUCUCAAAUGUAGAUUGAAAACUUGAGUUUUAUUUGGAAGCCUUGAAGAGAAUGAAAUUAUACAAAAGUAUGCAUAUCCUAAAAUGUUUUGGGUUUUUUCAAUUGAAAAUAUUUCUUACAAAUCUUGUUAGGACGGUCAAACUUUUUUUUUCUUCCAGACCUUAGCCAUUUGAGAUUCUGAACUUAAACUGGCUAAGCCUUGAUUCUUUCAGUCUGAUCUUUUUUUUCUUCCCUUCCCCCCCCCAAUAGAUUUUUACUUUGAAAGAUUUUUUUUUUUUUCAGUUUUAAUACAGCAAGUUUCUCAGGGUCAAAUAUUAUUUUUCUAAGCUUUGAGUCAGAACUAUAUUAUUAAUGUUCACUGUCUGUAGUGUCCUCUUGUGAUCUUUACAGUGUUUUUUAAGUUUGAUAAAUGUACUACUUUAAUAGGAAGUCCUUCCUUUGUAAUAUGAUGGAAUAUUGUUGCAUUGCAAUUGCUGUGCUAUAAAGUUAAGUUUCUCUUGAAUUUUAACAUCAAAUCAAUGUACUGAUUUCAGUCGAUCCUGAAUAGAAUGUUUGUUUUGCACAUAAACACAAAAAAGAUUUAGUUGUUACUGAUGCCUCACAAGCAUGCUUCAUAUGUUCUUUACUAUGCAAAACACUGUAAUCAUCCGUUGUCUCCAGUGGGACUUCAGAGCCUAAAAGCCUUAUGUACCCAACUCUCCUAUAUAAAGCUGAUGGCUGAAAAAGCUAUGUACUGUCACUGUGCAGCAGCCAAUUCCUUUCAGGUUAAGUUGGUUGUAAAAGUAUCCUCUAAAAGCUCUCUGAAUACAUCAAUAAUAAGAAUUUGACAAGUUCAUUGUGUAGACAAGGGCAGCCUACAUAAUUUAAAUGGAUUUCCUGAUUUGUCUAACACCAGGCAUGGAGUAACCUCAGCAUAACGGCAUUGGUGAAAUAACUAGUUCAAUGUGUCAUUUUUCUUCUGAAACCUGAGACUAGGCUCUUUCCCAAGUCCAAAAACUGUUUUAAGAGAGCUCUUCCUGUAAUUGAUAAUGACAAGAUAGAUUGUCAAGACCCUUGAGCAUCAUUUAAUAUAAACACUGAUCCCUGUCCCCCGCAGUAUUUUCUCUUCCCUGAGCUUUUGUUCAAGAGCAGUGUAUUGGAAGAAAGUAUUUUUUAGAGAGUCUGCCUCUUACAAGUUGUUUCCUUGCUAGCUAGCAGUAGUUAACCAGGAAGAGUCUCUCUUCCAGGUCUGUAACCAUGGUAGGGUCAUCUGUGGCAUCAGUCCCACGAGGGUAGUGGAAGCGUGACCUCUGUCCCUGCAUGGAUUCAGGGCUGGUGAUGCUGACAGAUGUGCAACACUGACUUCAGCAGGAUGCUGCAGUUACCAACAGAAUGUUUUUGUGGUCAUAACUACCUGUCCAUCCAAAGAAAAGUUGUGGCUUUACGUUCCCGCAGAUGCGGGCAACUUCAGGGUGGAACAUACAUAGACUUCUAUGGUGAUAACACUUCUGUAUAUCAGAAUGGGUAAUUUCCUGUGUUAUGUGAGUUAUUGUUUGACAAAAAGGGGGUAAAAAUAUCCUCAGCAUUAAUUAAAGGAUUUUUACUAUGUCCUAUAUAUUGUCAAAUAAGUUUAAUGAUAUGUUUUGUAGAAGUUACUGGCUUUGUAAUGUAGUAGUAUAUUUUUAUAGACAAUUCUUAUAUAUUGAAAUGUUAAGAAUAUUUUCAUAAGAGAUUUAUAUUCAUCAUUGCUAAUAAAAUGAACCUGAAGAAUUAAUCUCUGGUUUUGCAUUGAUUAGUAGAACAUAUUUGAAUGUAGUGAUUUUAAAAGCUUUGUAAAAGAACUGUUAAUCAAACAGUCCCUGUUAAAUACGAAUGUAUCCUCAAACUCUGCUACUAUUAGCAUGCUGGGUCACUUUUUAUGCCUCGCAACAAGCUAGAAAUAAAAAGAAGCUCCAUACAGCAAUUUCUUAACUGGAAACAUUGGUGUUGACAGGUCAGUAAAGUUAAAUUUUCUGGUGUCCAA